AUGUCGAUGCGCUGGCUGUUGUACUACAUAUAUCUGCUUAUGUUCCUGACAGUAAUGUUGGCCGUUGCCCAAAGAUCAUCUAGCCGUGCUACACCAUGGCUAACAUUACAAGGAAAUCGGCCUUUAGUCAUAGCACGUGGUGGGUUCUCAGGAUUGUUUCCUGACUCCAGUUACUAUGCAUACAGUUUUGCUCAGGAAUUGAGUUUAUCCGAUGUGGUCAUGUGGUGUGAUGUACAAUUAACUAAAGAUGGAGUCGGGAUCUGCUUACCAGAUCUUAAUCUUGGAAAUGCUUCAACCAUUGACCAAGUGUUCGUUGACAGGAGCAAUACAUACCCUGUCAAUGGGGUACCUAUGACAGGAUGGUUCCCUGUGGACUUCUCCUUUUAUGAUCUACAAAAUGUCUCUUUAAGGCAGAAUUUCUAUUCGCGAACUCAAUAUUAUGAUGGCUUGUUUCCUAUCCUUAGCGUUGAAGAUGUUGUUGCAAUUAAAUCAAUAAAACAACUGUGGUUGAAUAUCCAGCAUGAUGCAUUUUUCAGCCAACACAAUUUGAGUAUGGAGAACUUCGUGAUUGCUACUUCUAAAAGUCUGCGCGUGAAAUAUAUAUCAUCACCAGAAGUGGAUUUCCUAAAAAGCAUUCAGCCAAGAUUUAGAUCAAGCACCCCAAAACUAAUUUUCAGGUUUCUAGAACUGGACAUGACCGAGUCCUCAACCAAGCAAACAUAUCAAUCUCUUCUGAAAAAUCUGACAUACAUUAAGACAUUUGCAUCUGGGAUUCUAGUUCCUAAAUCAUAUAUAUGGCCUGUAGAUGACUUAUACCUUCAGCCACAUACCUCCAUUGUCAUAGAUGCUCACAAGAAAGGUCUACAAGUUUUUGCUUCUGAGUUCAUGAAUGAUGAGCCAAUCGCGUAUAAUUACAGCCAUGACCCUGUAUCAGAAUAUCUGAAUUUUGUUGACAAUGGUGUAUUCUCUGUAGAUGGCGUACUUUCUGACAACCCAAUAACUCCAUCAGCUGCUUUUGAUUGCUUUCCUAAUAUGGGGAAAAAUCAAUCACAGAAAGCAAACCUUUUGAUUAUUACAUCUGAAGGAGCAAGUGGGGACUUCCCAGGCUGUACCGAUUUGGCAUAUAGCAAAGCCGUUUCAAAUGGUGCAGAUAUUAUUGACUGUCCUGUUCAGAUGACAAGUGAUGGAGUACCUAUUUGUCUAGGUUCUAUAAACCUUAUCGAUAGAACAACAGUUACUAAUUCAGAAUUUAAUAACAUUACAUCAAACUAUCCAGAGCUUCAUUCUGGCAGGGGGAUAUAUACGUUCAGCCUCACUUGGAACCAAAUUAAGAGCUUGAGACCUUCAUUGUACCAACCAUUUGCAAAUGAAACUUUGUAUCGGAAUCCGAAAUUUAAAAAUGAUGGAAAGCUGAUGACCUUGUCUGACUUUUUGGAGUUUGCAAGUCAUGCUUCUUCUGUUUCUGGUGUCCUGCUCAACAUAAAGAAUGCAGCAUACCUGGCAAAAGACCAAGGACUGAGUGUAAUAGAUGCUGUGAUGGAUAGUUUGAAUAAAUCUAGUUAUAGUAAUCGUUUGACAAAAAAGAUAUUAAUCCAAUCUUCAGAGAGAGAGGUUCUGAAAGCAUUCAAGAAAAGAAGCAACAGGCAUGAGCUUGUUUUUGAGGUUGAUGAAAACAUCGGUGAUGUCCUUAACUCAACUAUUUUAGAAAUCAGAGACUUUGCUAAUUCAGUGGUCAUUGGCAAGGAAUCUGUCUACACUCGCAGUAACGGAUAUCUUUUUGCUCAGACUGAUGUUGUGGAUAAAAUUCAUGCGUUUAAGCUCCCCGUGUAUGUACAAAAAAUGAGCAAUGAAUUCACGUCCAUACCAUGGGACUUUUUUACAGACCCAUAUGUUGAAAUAGGCACAUAUGCAAUGGCAGCAGGUGUUAAUGGUGUUAUUACAGAUUUCCCAGCUACUGCCGCCAGAUAUAGAAGGAGCAAGUGUUUACAACUGCCAGACGAUAAGGUACCAAGUUACUCGCUGCCUGCAGAGCCUGGUAUGUUGUUGAAACCCAUGGCACCUCGGUCAAUGCCACCAGCUGCAGCUCCUAACCCAGUCCUGACUGAUGCUGACCUGGCUGAUCCACCUAUACCUCCUACAAUAUCAAGACCACCCCCGCCUUCUAUUAAUGGGUCAAUUGCACCAUCUUCAGCCUCAACAAGUGGCCAACUACCCAAAAAUGGUGUCUCGAUUCUGCUUUGUUCUUUAGUUGUCACUUUAGGAUCCCUAUUGAUGUAGUGAUUAACAAUUAUAAUCAUCAUUAAUAGAUAUCAACAAAUCUUGUUGUAUAUCUAUUAUGAGUGAAAUGUAGAAUUAUGCUCAG